GCGCGCUCGGCUCGGCUCCGGUGCUUGUGUGUGUUUGGUGUCCCGUACAGCAGCAGCAGCAUGGGGAACGCGCCCGGUACAUCAGUGGAGGAGCUCAGCGCCUGUGAGUCUCACCAGUGGUACCGAAAAUUCAUGACCGAGUGUCCGUCCGGCCAGCUCACCUUCUACGAGUUCAAGAAGUUCUUCGGCCUCAAGAAUCUGUCAGAGAAAUCCAACGAAUACGUCAUGACCAUGUUCCAGACGUUCGAUAUGAAUGACGAUGGCUGUAUUGAUUUCAUGGAGUAUGUGGCGGCUCUGAGUCUGAUCCUGAAAGGCGGUGUUCAGCAGAAGCUGCGCUGGUAUUUCAAGCUCUACGAUGUGGACGGCAGCGGCUGCAUCGACCGCGAGGAGCUGCUGCUCAUUGUUAAGGCCAUUCGAGCCAUUAAUGGAGUCGAGCAGGAGGUUUCAGCUGAAGAGUUUACCAACAUGGUGUUUGAAAAGAUCGACCUCAAUGCAGACGGAGUGUUGACUAUGGAUGAGUUUAUGGAGGGCAUUCAGGCAGACGAGUAUCUCUCCACCAUGCUGACUCAGAGUCUGGAUCUCACACACAUCGUCAAAAAAAUCUACAGCGAGAUCCACUGUGAGCAGGAGCCGCACUGACCCCAGACCAGCACACAGCAUCCAGAUGAUGAUGAUGAAGAAGAAGUGGCACUGACUCCAGACCAGCACACAGAUGAAGAUGAUGAUGAAGAUGAUGAAGAUAAAGGAGGAGCGGCACUGACUCUAGAUCAGACCACAGCAUCAUGAAGAAGAUGAGUAGGAUAAAGGAGCUGCUGCUGUCUCGCCUCAGGUCUCCUGCUGACUUUCUGUUGUUAAAACUGAACUUUAAUACAGCGGAGUGAAGAGACUGAAACACUUAGCACAUCUGAAAUACACUCUUAAAGGGACAGUACACCAGAAAAUCAACAUCUAAAAUACACACUUAAAGGGACAGUACACCUAAAGAUCAACAUCUAAAGUAGACUUUUAAAGGGACAGUACACCUAAACAGAGCUUGCGCUAUGCGUCGUUGCGACAUGUAGUUAAAUUUUUUGAGAGG